ACGGCUCUUUUGCCUCGGGAUUAUUGUGUCGCAAAUCGAUUAUCGAUAACGAGAUAACUUCAGUGUCCCACUUCGCUCCAAGACUCCAAAAUCCGGGGUUAUUGUCCAGUCCGGGAGGAACUCAAUUGAGUCGUUGCACGGAAUAAUUAUUCAAUCUACAUCAGGGAAAACCGCACUGAUUGGAUUCAAUUGCUCUCCAGAAUGGCUUCUACAAAUGGGGAAGAUAGCUCGCCCGCAAAGGAGCUGUGGCGCCCCUCGUCUCCAGAGAAAACGAAGAUAUACGAAUUCAAGGAACUCGUCAGUAAGAAGCACAACAUCCCCCUCAGGGACUACAAUGAUCUCUGGCAGUGGAGUGUGACGGAACCUGCCAAAUUCUGGGAAGAGAUCUGGCAUUACACUGCGAUCAAGGCUCAUCAACCGUAUACCAAAGUAAGCAGCUCAGCCGCUCAGCACUUGUUAUUCUUGCUAUUGAUGAUUGGGGUUAUCUUUUGCUCCCACAUUUUCUACCUGAUUCUCAUAUUCGCGGUCACCAAUGACGGAGAUAGAAUACAUCUGACUCUGACAGGUCCUAGAAUCCGAUGUGCCUCUCUUCCCCCGACCGCGUUUCUUCGAGGGUAGCCGUCUCAACUUUGCGGAGAACUUGCUCUACCCCGCGACCAACCCCCGCGAAGAGGAUAUUGCCAUUAUUGGCGCCACGGAGACCAUCCGUGAAUACGUCUCAUGGAAGG